AUGGGUCAAGAAGAACAACCAACGAAAUGUUGCACUAGUAAUGGCAGUGGUGAUGGUGGUAUUAGUAUUGGCCACAUUAGUAGAUCUUCUAGGAAGCAAAAGCAAAAGAAAGUGCCACAAAGAGGGCUUGGUGUUGCACAACUAGAGAAAAUAAGACUAGAAGAGCAACAAAAGAAAGAUCGUGUCUCAAUAAAUUUGCCAUCUCCUCCUACAUCACAAACCAAACCUUCCAAUUUCUCUGUGCCAGUACCAAAUUAUGAAUCUCGUUCUUCUUCAAUCCCAUAUCCUCCUGAUCUCUCAUCUUCAAAUUCAAUGUUUAGGUCCCAAAAUAUAGAACUAAUCAACCCAAACAGUACUAUUCCCCUUGCAAAUUCUGUGGGGUGGCAAUCUGCUGUUCAAGGGCCAAAAAAUGUGCCUAAGAUGUGGAAUUCUAGUGAUUACAAUCUUGAAAAGGAAAAUUGUGGGGUUGAUUCUGGACUUGCUUUUCGGUCUAGUUUGAAUUUACAUUAUGAAUCCAACCCCAUUUGGCCCCUUCCUAGUUUGAUGCAAAGAGCACAACAACAUCGGCAACAUUCUUCUUCAUGUUCAAAGGUAAAUGCCUCAUCAGGAAGUUCAUCAUCAUCUUUGCAAAAUUUUCAGAUGGAGCCCCCUUCAAACCAAAGCUAUUAUGACAACUAUACAUAUAAUACACCUGUUUGGAUAGAGGAAGAGAAGAUGGUUGGCAUGAAGAGGCCAUAUCCCUUUUCACUGGACAAUCCACCAGCUUCUUCUUUCCAGUACAAGUGUCCUACUACGUCUUCAUUUGGCAAUGGAGGCUUGUAUAAUUUCAGUUUCAGCAGCCCAGAUUGCAGAGAAGGCUCCUCAUGUUCUAGUUCUAUCAUGGAACCUACUUCAAAGAAAGACAUCAAAGAAAAUUGGGCUUGCAAUGGAGAUUUUCUAACUCUAGCCCCCCCAGCUACUGGUUUGACAUCUAAAAAUCUCAAGCUCAAGCCUUCAGCUUAUCUAGCCUUCCAUAACUUCGAACCCUUUGAUUUUGAUUCACUGCCGUAUCAAGGCAACGUGGAAGAUCAAUUUCUCCAGCAGCCAGGAUCAAUUGUGACAAAUCAACAGCAGACAUACUAUUGCUUCCUGCCCCCAUCAUUAAUGCAAAUUGGCCAACCAGCAAAGACUAUUAAUAAUUGCACUCAUGGUGGUGAAGUAGGAGAAAACAUUGAUUUGAAUUUGAAGUUAUGA